CUCCACUUCUUCUUCCUCUCCAGAUUCGAUAUUCUCGUCGAGAGGCCUCAUCCGCAUUUGCGGGGUUAUCGCAUCCACCAACGCCUCGACAUAUCUGUGCGGGCUGAGUCCUCUUAUAUACACAGCACACAUCGCUUCUCUUCAAGAACAAAACCAGUUGCCGUAGUUGGCGCCCCUAGCAAUGCCUUACAAUCCAGGCGUCUCCUUUUUUAUACCAUUCGACGAACUUGAUCCCUCAAAUGAAAAGCAAUGCAUAUAUUACACCCAGAAGGGUGCAAGAUGCCGAUGCUCUUGUCAAGAAAGCGACAACAAGCGGGCGGUCGCACUUCAAAAAGAAAUCAUUUCAAUGCCAUGUGAGGCUGUCAGUCUCGACCUACUUGAAGACUAUAUCUUGUGCAAUUGCUGCAGAUCGGGUCGUGCUCGACAUCGAGAUCGCAUAGAGGAUGAGGGACUCUUGAAACCGCUGGCCUUGCGAUGGCAAGAUGAGAUCCGGAGACACACCGCCGAUCUAACAAGUCAUACAACCUCUGUCCCAGCGCUUAAUGAGAGCGUUCUCAGCCAAUAUGCUUGCACCAACCGAGCCACAUCGACUCCCAGCCACACCAGAAUAUGCUAUACCACUACUGCCAGUCCAUCUCACUACCAACCUAAGACUGGAAUGUCCUUAAAUAUCAGCGCUGCAUUCUCUAAACCUGAUGUGAGCUCAUCAUCCAACCAAGGUAGCUCCCCGAGAUCUUCAACCGCUACUGAACUCGCAUUUCAACCCUCUGGAAGUCAUGAAACACGCUACGAUUUCCGCCCUCGCCAAGCGAAUGGCCCCACAAAUUCCACCUCAACUCAAUCCCCAUCCAUUUCGCAGGCCCCACGAUCUGAUUUUCGUCCCCACAUAGCAGAACCUCUUCCUAGCGAUUCCGUCUACAGGAAAAUCCUCGACCCCCUUAAGAACCGGGAUUUCGAGACCGGCUCGCUCUAUAUCUUCGAUCGAGACUCUUCUCCGGGCCACGUUAAAAUUGGCUGGACUGCAAAAUCCGUCUCGUGCCGUCUUAAAGAUUGGUCGAAGUGUGGAUACAAGCCGAAUCUACUGUUCAGCAUGAACUGCGUUCCGCACGCCCAACGAGUCGAGACCCUCACGCAUCAUGAGCUGAUUAAAGAAUGGCGCCGGGAACGGAUGUGCAAGGCCCAGUGGUGUCGGAAGAGUCAUCAAGAGUGGUUUGAAAUUAGUAAAAAGAAAGCAGAGCAAGUUCUGCAUAAUUGGGCAGAUUUUAUCAGAAAAGCCGAGCCGUACAAUCCGGAGGGAUUGUUGAAAAACCAGUGGAAGAAGGUUAUAGAGAAGAUAGAAUGCAAUGGGGAAGUUGUCACUGCUAAAAAGUUGCUGAGCCACUAUGAGGCGUCUUUGGCUGGAGAGACCACGGUCGUUGUGGGGCAUGUAGACUUGGGAUAUGCGCCCAGGGUUUUGGAGGUGAACACGAGACGUGGACCGGAGGCAAGGCGCUUGAAGCUCUCCAAGGAGGACUUUGUGUGCUUGGAUUCACAUCGGAUCGAACAGCCGACAUUGCCUAAAGAAACGGCAUUGCUCAAAAAUGAGGCAUCGCCUAAACAGAUCCCGCUAAGGGAAAUCCCCCCUCCCAACGCGUUGAAGAGGUCAAAGAGUGAUUCAGUGUUCAAGUGGAAGCCAUUACCGAAGACUGAGCCGGUAUAUGAAGGAGUGUUGACCCUGGAGACAACACCAGUCAAGAAGGAGAUACUGCCCGAGCGAAUACUGCUGCCUCUUUCACCACCCCUUCAGUCCACAAUUACCCUCAAAACAUGAUUUUCUUUUAAGAUAUGAAACAAAGGCUAGGCGCUGGAGCCGAACAAGCAGAUGCAAUAUAUAUCGUCACCAAUCAUAUGGACCUUAAACUUGAAUACAAACAAACAAACAAACCUCCCCAUAUCACAUGCAUAAGGAGUCAGACUUCACAGUUCUGCUUCGAUAUUCUUGUCGAUAGGUCACCUAGUUUAGAUAAGAAUCCAU